CGAUGUUUGCGUGAUAUUUUUCAGCGGGGGUGGUGCAAGAAUGUUGUGCAGCCUUUUCUGCCGGCUGGGGGUCUCAAUGAAACCCCCAACGAACCUAUGCCAUCAAUGCCAUCUGCCAAUGUUGACCGAAAACAGCUGCGUGCAGUGCCCAUGGGCCGGUGGUCCCAAAGAUGCUGCAAGGAUCAGGGAGCGUGGCUGCAGCUGCAUGAAACCACAUUUUUUAAAAGUGGUGCCUUGAUACUGUGACACUCUCAUUCUCAUUCUGCACGAAGUCGGGAGAGCUUUGGAUAUAUAUAUAUAAUCUGUGGGAUGUGAAGGUUCAAAAUUCACACGUCCGAGCAUCCCCAUACUGUGGGAUCGGUUGGCCGUUUGGUUUUGGGGUCAAAUGGAGUACGGGCACUAGCUGACACAUCCAAGUUGCCUUUCACUGGGUGGCAGUCCAAGACAUAACUUUUUCAGUAGGACCCUGUUGAUUGAUUGGACUUUUCUGAUGUGUGGCGUGGCGGGAUGAGACCCCAACAUCCUCACUUACGAGCGACUUGCCCGACAAGGUUUGACGCAGGCGACUGGCCGGGAGUCUUUGGGCGGAAGAUUUGGAAGGCUCGAAGCCUCACACAUCCAUACUUAAUACUUGCGACUUGCCACUAUGUUCAGCCCCAAAACAUCACGGAUCCUCGGGGCUCCUUUUGCUCUCGGCCUUGGCUCCAACGCGCCGAGCCCCGCAGGGCGUGUUUCAAGGUUUUUCAGCCGAGCUCGGCUGAACCAAAAGCGCCAUGCCGAGUUCCCGGAGGCGGCGGCUUCCUCUUCCCCUGGUGCUGGGCGCGCUGGGUGCGCUGGGCGGCCUUGUUGGCUUCGUCUCAGGGCGAGGCCCCGAGAGCACCGUGGAGCGCCGUGAGAGGGCGCGGAGCCUGAUGCCCAGGAAGGCAUUGGAGCUUGAGGAGGUGUCUGCGCUCGCGCGGCCAGAGCUGCCGAACUCCACGGAGGCCAUGUGCCGGCAGGCGGCUGAGGCCGUGAUGCGCGCCUACCGAGACGGCUACACGCGGCAGGCCGUGCGGCUGCGGUUGGAUGCUGCCUACAGUGGGCAGGAGGACUUGAGUGCUUUGCUCAAGGCCAGCUUGCCGUUGGCCAAAAGUUUUGCCACCAAGCUGUGGAAUGGAGAGUACCUCAGGCAAGUGAAGACAUCUCUUGUAGAUGAGGAUGUGACCACCUUGUUGUACAGAGAGGCGGAGAAUGCCUUGAUGGAUGCUGCCGUGCUCUAUUUACCUUCCAGAGAAGUAGUGACUUCGCCCAAGUUCAGCAACUUCUUUCAGAGCAUGGGCGAUCGUUUGGUGGUGGUGACCAACCCCGAGAAUGCGGCAGCAGGGUGGAGAGUGGAGAACAUGGGGGCCGAUUUCUAUGACAAUUCAGAUGUCGGGCUGGAGAUUUGCAAGGUCUUUGCUCAGCAGAGCUACUAUUACCAGCUAGUUCCCAUCAACAACUGGCAAGUGACCUUUUUCCGCGCCUACCCCUUUCCAUGGGAAUUGUGGAUUGAGGACUUGAACUACAACUUGGUGAAGCUAGGGGAGUCGGAAACGAAGCCCAACUACGAUCAGAUCUUAGCUUGGACCGAGGCCUACGAGGAAAGCGCCGGCGUUAGAGCUUUCCAGAAGGUGGGGAAACUUCUGCAGGACAAUCAGCAGAAGCUGGAUCCCCUGGAUCCGGACGCUUCCCUGGCCUUAUCAGGCUCCUAGCGGCCCUGAGCUUGCAACGUGUCACCCAGGUACUCAGCUGGCGGCUUCAAAUGUGAGUUUCAGGGGUUCGCC